AUGGCGACACCGGCGACCCAAUCCUUGAAGUGUGUUGUGACUGGUGAUGGUGCCGUUGGUAAAACAUGUCUCCUUAUAUCCUAUACGACGAACGCUUUCCCCGGCGAAUACAUUCCUACAGUCUUCGAUAACUACUCUGCGAGUGUCAUGGUGGACAACAAGCCUAUAAGUCYGGGUCUUUGGGAUACGGCUGGUCAGGAGGAUUACGACCGGCUUCGACCGCUCUCCUACCCGCAGACAGAUGUGUUCCUGAUCUGCUUCUCCAUUGUCAGCCCUUCAUCCUUUGACAACGUCAAGGCAAAGUGGUACCCUGAAAUAGAGCACCACGCACCUGGCGUACCGAUUAUUCUUGUAGGCACAAAACUUGAUCUGAGAGACGACCCCGAGGUUCGCGAGCAGUUGCGGCAAAGAAAGAUGGCGCCCAUUCAGUACGAACAGGCCGUGCAGGUCGCCAAGGAUAUCAAGGCGGUGAAAUACCUGGAAUGCUCCGCGCUUACGCAGCGAAAUCUUAAGAGUGUGUUUGAUGAGGCGAUCAAAGCCGUUAUCAGUCCUCGACCAAUGGUGAAGGCCAAGAAGUCCAAGUGCUCCAUUCUAUGA